AAAAUGUGUGUCCCUGACUAAAGGAGCCUAAUUUCCGCCCUUGUCCAGUGCCGUCCAGAACAUCUUCGUGACCCGAGGAGUCUUUAGAUGGACUAUAAGACGAGCUGGUGUUUAUUUGCGUUGUGACUGACAGCCGCUCUGCCCGGACUCCGCUCAGCUUGGAGACGCGUCGGCAGCCGAGGAAGAGGAUGGAUGGGAGUGUUUCACAAGCUGCUGUCUUGUCAUUCAUCUUUGUAACUGUUUUAUUGUCUCCUUCUUCCUCAGCCGCUUUCCUGGAGCCUUACGAUCUUUUGUACAACAACGCGGUGCAGGCGUUUUACAGCAAUGACUACAACAGCGUGGUGCGCUACAUGGAGGGAGCGCUCAGCAGUUACGCAGAGGUCGGUCGCACCAAAAUCCGAUGCCGGCUGCGGUGCCAGGACCAGCAUCCGUUUGAUGCCACUUUCUCGGACCUGCGCUUCUUCGACGUGCUGCUGCGGAGGUCUGCGUGCAUGAACAAAUGCAUCGACGCCAAGCUGGGCACGCAGUCCAUGCACAAAGUCAGCGAGGAUGUCGUGCAGGACUUCCACAGGCGGAUCCCCUACAACUAUCUGCAGCAGGCUUAUCAGAAGCUGAAGCAGCCUGACAAGGCAGCAGCGGCGGCUCACACCUAUUUCCAGGCCAACCCCGAGCACGUGGAGAUGGGCCAGGACCUGGAGCAGUACAAAGACGUGGAGGGCGUCCAGGAGGAGCACUUUGUGGACCGAGAGGCCCGGCCACACCAGCGCUCCUUCACGGCAGCAGUGAGGUUGUAUGAUAAAGGCGACUAUGAGGGGGCCAUCAUAAUGUUCGAGGAUGCCCUGGUGGAGUACUACAAGGCAGAUGUGGAGUGUCGAGCCCUCUGCCAGGAGCCACAGAGGUUUGAUGCCCACGACCACCUCCUCUACCGCUACAGCCUCCAUGAGCUCAUAUCAGACCACUUCACUCAGGUGCUGCACUGUGAACACGAGUGUGUUAGAGACUUGGCCACCCGGCCCGGCCGCCUCUCUCCCAUGGAGAACUACCUGCCUCUGCACUACGACUACCUACAGUUUGCCUACUUCCAGUUGGACAGGCUGGAGGAGGCGCUGCAGUGUGCUCUGACCUACCUGCUGUUCCAUGAGGGAGAGGAGUUCAUGACAGACAACGUGGAUUACUACCAGGAGGUGCUGGGACACGACGGCAUGCCCCACGAGAAAGCUGCGUGGUACCUGAGGAGGCACAAGCAGGAACUGGAGCUGCUCCUGAUCGGCAGCAAAAUCAUGGGUGUGGAAUUUACCGAGGGGCAUUACUGGAGCAGCACCGGUGGAAGAGAAGACUCAAACAGGAUUCCCUCUGGCACAGACGGCUGGAUGGAGUACGUUCCUAUCUCAGAGAAGAAGAACGUCACUGUAGCGGCCCCUCAGCAACACAGAGAAGGUGGUCCCCUGGUGUAUGACAGUGUGCAGCUGGUGCAGAACUCGGCAGCCUUGAACGGGACCCAGAGGGUGCUGCUGGAUGAUGUCAUCUCUGAGGAGGAGUGUUCAGAGCUCAAACACCUCGCUCAUUCUGUCACCAUGGCAGGAGAUGGUUACAGAGGGAAGAUGUCCCCACACACACCCAACGAGAGGUUUGAAGGAGCCACCGUACUCAAAACUCUGCAGUACGGCUAUGAGGGCAGAGUGCCGCUGAGGAGCGCUCGUCUCUUCUACGAGGUCAGCGAGAGAGCCAGACGCAUUACCGAGUCCUACUUCCUGCUCAACUCGACUCUGCACUUCUCCUACACACACCUGGUGUGUCGGACUGCCAUCACAGGCCAGCAGGACCACAGGAAUGACCUGAGCCAUCCCAUCCAUGCUGAUAACUGUCUGCUGGAUCCCGAGGCCAACGAGUGCUGGAAGGAGCCACCGGCGUACACGUACAGAGACUACAGUGCACUUCUCUACCUAAAUGGAGAUUUUGAAGGCGGAGAGUUUAUAUUCACAGAAAUGGAUGCCAAAACAGUCACGGCAUCAGUGAAGCCCAAGUGUGGCAGGAUGGUGGGUUUCUCGUCAGGCGGGGAGAAUCCUCACGGUGUGAGGGCUGUCACCAGGGGGCAGCGUUGUGCUGUGGCUCUGUGGUUCACACUGGACCCCCUCUACAGAGAAUUGGAGCGGCUUCAGGCGGAUGAGGUGAUCCAGGCACUGGACAGCCAGCCUCACUGGGAUCAGGGCCUCAGCAUCAACCCUAAAGACGAACUGUAGUAGCAACACGACCCCCACCCCCUGCAGUCAAAUCCCUCCUGUCUAUUUUAUCUAUUUAUUGAAUGACAUUUGGAUCAGAACUAUUUUAUUUUUGUACUGUUUGAAGUGCAAGGUUAAUAAUAUUGUCGUUGUCUGUUUUGUCAGUCUGUCAUGUUUUUUUUUAAAUUCCAUGUUUCCAUACACACCAGUACUUGAGUUUAUCUUUGGGUCCUUUUUUCCUUCCGGUGACAGCCUCUGUUUUGAAUGAAUUCCAGCUCUCUUUGCAUUGGCUUGGCGAGCUGGCACGAGGCUGUUCACUCCUGUAAUUUUACUGAACUGUGAAGAAGCCAAAGAGAAGAACGGCAUUUGAUAUUGUUCCAUCGUGGGUUGAUAGUCGUGGUUGUUGUUGUGGACAAAUCCUUUCAGAUAUAGUCCCAACUGUACAUCAGUAUAGUCAACUGAGAAAAAAACUAAAUCGUCAGUGAGAUGCCUACACUUGAAAUGUAUUCUGUCUACCAAGCAUGGGAGAAUAAGAUAAAUAUCAAUAAGCAAAAUAUCAAAUUUGGCCAAAAAACAACAACAACAAAAACAACUCAUAUUUGCAAGUUAAAGUAAAUGUAAAAGUAAAGUAUAUUAUGUGCUGUAUCAGAUUUGUGAGCGAAUCUCAUUCAAAAAAAAAAGGACACAGAGGGAGAAUUAGAGAAACAGAGAUAAAUUCUGUUAUGGCGGAUACUUUGUGAACAUGCACUCUGUAACGUUCCCAUCGUCUUAUGCCAGGAACUUUGGUGCACUUUUUUUCCUCUUGUUGCUCGUGUGAUAAGAGAGACUACUUACUUCCAUCCAUUCUGCACACACAGAACAGCAAACUACUUUACAGUCCCACUGAUACAAGGACGCGGCGUGUGUAUGUUGUUUAUGUAUGUAUUUUUUAAUAAUAGACAACUGCUACUGCGAUUGUCGGCAUUAAAUAUUUGUAACUUUUUUCAUAAAAGGUUUCAAUCAUUCCUGUUUCAAGGAAUACAUAUUUUUAAGGUGGCAUAUAUCCUUUCUAGAACUCAUAUUUUUGUCAAUGAUACAGAUAGGCAGAGUCAUGCACUGUAAGUCCAAUGGAAACAAAAGUGACGUGUACUUUGUUCUUUUUUUUUUUUU